CAAACUCCACACUCACCACAUAUCACCAAACAAAGAAAAACCCUAGAGAUUCCGAUAAAAAAAAAAAAAGAAAAACCCUAGAGAUUCUCCAAACUAAACCCUAAAAAAAUGAUGAACACCAAGAAAGCAUGGCUGGCAAUGUGUGCAAUUGCUCUAAUAAUAAUUAGCGGCGAAGUGGCGAGCAGCGACGCAGCGACUUGCAGCAUUCUGCAGCUGCUGCCGUGCAAGGCGGCGCUCUUCUCAACAGCCAAGCCCACCACUAAGUGCUGCACGACGAUAAAGCAGCAGGUGGCUAAUAAGUGCGUUUGCAAGUACCUCAAGAACCCAAGCUUCAAAAAAUACGCCGCCAAAGCCAAGACGAUCUUCAGCGCGUGCAAAAUCAAAAUCCCGAAGUGCUGAUUUACGAUCGUUUGAUUUAGUAUUAUCACGAAUGCUUCAUCCUUUGUUACUCCUUCUUCUAAUUUAAGGAUGAUGAAUAAAUAACCUUCAAUCCCUUGGGGGUUUUAGAUUUGAUUUGAA